UUCACGUACUCGGUUACUCCCAGAUUGACCGAUUCAGCUAAUGCAGCUGACAAACCUCUUCUUGUCUCUACAAUUCGCUGAGCUCAUCACAGCACAAGCCGCAUGGCCAAGAAGGGAAGAGACUUGGCCGUGGCAACGUGAAAAAUCAUAUGAAUUGAGACCAGGACGCCAGAAAGGGCACGCGCCCUCAUCCUCCCUCCUCCUGUCUCGUUGUGUCAGGGAACCUCGCGACAAUGGGCCUCCUGGAUGAGGACCCGUUGGACAGUCUGCGCGAGAAGUCGACUGCAGUCGCCUCCGCCAUCACCUCGCCCACGGUCAUGUCUCCAGGGACUCAGAGUCCGUCAGGCAUUCAGAGCCCUCCACCCGAACAGCAGCCACAGCCACAACACCAUCAACGCCAACACCAACACCCGCAUGUCGACCAUGCCAAAGAGAAGAUCCGCCACUUCAUCCACCCCGACGGCCGCAAAAUCCACAUCGCCCACACGCCCGAAGAGCACGCCAAACUUCGCAAGGAGCUGAGCCAGCAGCACGGCCCGGACGAAUUCGACGUCGUGAUAUCUGGCACCCCGGAACACCUCGCUGUCGUACGCGAGCUGCACGCACAUCACACGGCCCGACGCGACACGCUGCGGGAGACUCAUGGCGACGUCUUCCACGAGUUCGAGAAGGUCAGGGACGACUUGGACCAUCUGUCCAACGAACUCAACCAAUUGACUCACCAUGGCGUGGCCUUGGACGCCAACUUCAGCAAGUUUGGUUACACGGCGCGUAUCCGCACCAAGGACGACCACAGCGGCUCGUCGACGCCGUCGCAAUCCUCGGGGCCGUCCAGCUCGGAGCAGACUUUGCUCGACAAGCACCAGAGCCGCGUCGUCGAGGGCAUGAAGUUCUUCAAACGGCCCGUCAUCCGCCAGUACUUCCACAAGGGCCUGCUGUGGCGGUCCGCGCGCAGCGGCGAGGUUGGCACCUUUGAACUGUUCGCCGACUUGCUCUACGUGGGCAUCAUCGGCAUCAUUGGGGACAAGGCCGCCGAGGACCCCACGGGGAAGUCGUUCUUGGUGUACGCCAUCAACUUCACCAUGGCCUUUAAGAUCUGGAACGACCUGACCCUCGUCUCGAACUGGUUCGAGCGAGACGACGUCGUCCAAAAGCUGUCUGUGAUGCUGUACCUGAUCCUCCUCUUCGCGUACACCACCAACAUCUCGUACGCGUUCGAGGCGAGACACCCCGGCGGAGAGUUCGACACAUACAUCCCGAUGAUGUCCUUCUAUCUGGCCGAGCGCUUCUACGGCGCCCUGUACUUUACCUGGCUCUCGUACGUCGUGCCCCUGAUCCGGGGGACGCUCCUGUACACGUCCUUCAUCAUCCUCCUGGCCAUCGUGUUUUGGAUCGGCAGCAUCCACGUCGACUACCCGGGCCAACUGGCGCUCAUCUGGAUCGCCAUCGUCAUCGACCUGUGGGGCCAAGGGUUCGGCAUGUUCCUGUCGCGCGCCUCUGCCCGCCAUUUGCACGCGCGGGGAGGCAGCCGCAGGGAGCGCUUCAUCCGGAAGUACUUUGAAUUCUACCCGGCGAUCAACAUCGAGCACCGCACCGAGCGCACCAACGCCUUUGUGUCGCUGGUGUUCGGGUACUCGGUGCUCACGAUCCUGUACCAGUCGCGCGCCCGCGUCGGCCUCAACGCGUUCCUGGGCAAGGGCAUCCUGGGCCUUAUCCAGGCCUUCGCCUUCCAGUGGCUGUACUUCGAGAUCGACCACCAGGGGGUGCACGUGCACGCCAUCCGGCGGCACUGGCUGUCCAGCACCGUCUGGAUCACGUGCCACCUGCCGUUCGUGCUGUCGUACGUCCUCGCGGCGGCGACGCUGUCGAAGCUGGUGCUGGCGCACGACUGCGCCAACGCCGACGUCGAGGCCCUGGGCGAAUCGUACCAGCCCAAGUCGGUCGCGGACCUCGACGCGGGCCUCCGGUGGUUCUACUGCGGAGGGAUCGCGGCGGCGCUGCUGUCCAUGACGCUGCUGUCGUACUGCCACGUGCACAAGACGCUGGAGAACCCGCGGCUGCGCAAGGGCCCGCGGCUGGUGGUGCGGUCGUGCAUCGCGGUGGCGAUCCUGCUGCUCCCGCUGGCCAAGCACCACCUCUCGUCGCUGGGCCUGAUCGGCACGACCACCGCGCUGGUCUCGCUCGCGUUGGGGCUCGACAUCUUCGGCAUGUCCUGCUCCGGCGACCGCUUCUGGACCGGCGGGUGGUGCGACGACUCCAAGCGCUGUACCCUCUACGAGGCCCGCGUGCGCUGCAGCCGCCGCAAGAAGCAGGACAUCAUCAAGGCCCUGCAUCGCGGCGAGACCGUCCGCCUCGAGGAGCUGCUGCGCCGCCAGAGCACCAACUCCAGCGCCAUGAGCAGCCAGACCGAGCUGGGCGUCUCCGAGAAGCUGGUCGACGAGGAGUGGCAGCACGCCGCGCUGUGAAUGGCCGAUUUCUUGAUAUAUGCGUCUGCGUCUGCGUCUGGGCAUUAUGUUUGGGUAUGUAGGUAUGUAGAUUGGCACUAAAUUUACCCGUGUGGCCCAUGUACCCGGAUCAAUAAAGUCUACCCGAAGCUUUUGAGAUAGCAUACGAAAGGUCCGAAUAGCAUGCACGCGAGCGAGUAAGCAUACUGAGUCCAGGGAGUUCUUUCGUCUAGGCGAUGGAGAAGGCAUCCCGGCUUCGUGGGUCGGAACAUUGACAUGGUGACUAUACGGCCAUCUAAAGCAACGCCUUCCUGUUACGAAGGAUUCUUUUCUGGCGACUGGACUGGGACAAUGGCCCAGGCGACGACGUCUCUCUAAGUUAUGUAUGGUGAUUAGAUCCCACGGACGACCUAACUAGCUAGCUACCUACAUAGCUACAUAGCCACAUAGCUGCCUACAUAGCUACUUCCACAUCCCAGCCGUGGACGCACGCCUACUCCCACCGCCAUUCCACC